AUGGCUGAGUUGUUCCCGUGGUCGUUUUGUGCGCAGCAUCCCGUCUUGGGGAUUGCUUUGCUGGGCGCUUUGGUCCUCGUUACAGUCUGGAGACUGAAGGAAAUUGUCAAGGCUCGAAAGUACAAGUUACCACCGCGUAUCCCGGGAGUACCAAUAUUCGGCAAUACCUUUCAACUACCUCCUCUAAAGCAAGGGGUCUGGGGCAUGGAAAUGGCAAAGAAAUACGGCGAGAUGUUCACUUGCAGCAUUGGCGGCAAGACGUGGGUGUUUCUGAACUCGUCCCGCACCGUCAACGACCUGAUGGAGAAGCGGUCGUCCAUCUACUCGUCGCGUCAAUACAUGCCCAUGGCGUCGGGCGUCCUGUCGGGCGACAACCGGAUCCUGCUCAUGCCCUACGGCGAGCGAUGGCGGAUGAUCCGGCGCAUCAUGCACUCGAUCCUCAACAAGCAGAAUUCCCCAAUCUUUGCGCCCUUCCAGGACGUCGAGUCCAAGCAUCUCCUCUACGACUUCCUCCACCACCCGGAGCUGUGGUACUCGGCCACACAGCGCUUCGCCAACUCGGUCAUCAUGAGUGUCGUCUUCGGCAAGCGCAUGGAGCUGGAGGACCCCAAGAUCCGCGAACUCUUCGAGACGUCCAAUGCCAUCAUAGAGGCCAUCCAGCCUUCGGCUAACCUUGUGGAUUCGCUGACCUUUCUUGAAAAACUCCCGAAGCCCUUGCAAUGGUGGCGGCCGAGGGGGGAGGCCAUGUUCCAAAAGACUGUCAACAUCUACAAGCGGGAGGUGGAGGAAUUGGAGCAGAAAAUGAAAAACGGCACCGCGAGGGACUGCUUCGCGACCAGAUUCCUUAGGGACCCGGAAACGAAGAGCUACGGACCGACGCAGACGUAUUUCGCCCUGGGCUCGCUCAUGGAGGCCGGCAGUGACACGUCGCGCAUGACCAUCAGCCAGGUCAUGGCCGCUGCAGUGCUCGACAAGCGGUGGGUGGUCACGGCGCGGGAAGCCCUCGACAGAGUCUGCGGGAGCAACGCAGAGCGCCUGCCGACCUUCGACGACCGGAUCGAUCUACCCUACAUCACCGCGACGGUCAAGGAGGCGUUCCGCUGGCGCCCGUUUGCCGAGAUCGGUGUACCGCACAUGCUCAUCCAGGACGACGAGUACGAGGGCUACAAGUUCCCCGCGGGGACGUUGUUCACGUGGAAUGCGACGGCCAUCGCCAUGGACCCGCGCGAAUACGAGCAGCCCGAGCGGUUCUGGCCCGAGAGAUUCCUCAACGACGACCUCGAUCAUGUCUUGAAAGGGCAUUGGAGCUUUGGUCCAGGUCGGCGCGUAUGCUCGGGAUACAAUGUGGGAGAGACGAACGUCUGGAUCGUGGUGGCGCGGUUGCUGUACUGUUUCGACUUUGAGGGUGUUCCCGGAAAGCCUUUUGACUCGUUUCAGGUCAACUGGGGGGAACAUCGCUUCGCCCCAUUCGACGUGUCAAUCAGAGUUCGCAGCCCUCAGCACGCGGCCUUGAUCGAAAGAGAGGGAAGGGCGGCGGUGGACACCAAGUACUGA